AUGCCUUUCGUAGAGCGGUUUCGGGCGGUCUUGCACAUCGGCAACAGCCCCUUUCCCAAAUUCGACUUUAGGAGCAAUAAGAAAUGGCUUGACAUGGGCAACGAAGGCUACCAAACCGAAGGAUUCGUCGGCCAUUACACUUGCCCAACCAAAUCCUGCCACGCCAAAAUACUCGCCUACCGCUCCGUCGAAAUGACCGCCACCGUCACAAACGACUACCUGCGCUUCGAGCAGCCCGUUGCCGGAGGCAGCGGCCGGAUCGUGAUAGAGGUCCCCAUCACCUUUGAGUCCGAGUUCGUAGCCAUGGAGUCGACGCGGGUGCUGCAGCGGAAGAAGGUGAUCAGCACGCCCUGCACAUGCGAGGUCGUCCGCGAGAAGUUCUUUGCGAGCUGCAAGUGUGUAAGCUGCGGUAAGACGCUGAACUUCUACAACCAGGUGAAGCGGUGUAAGGAGGUGGGGAAGCUGCGGUGGUUUCUGGCGAGGAAGGAGGAUAAAGUUUUGGAGGGGGUCGAGGUGUUACUUGGGGGGUUGGAGGGUGGUGAUGAAAAGGUUGCUGUGUAG